GAAGUAAUUAUUAAAAUUAUAUCUGGCUCUGUAACACGUGCACCUGCUUACUUCAAAAUGAAACUAUUGCGUAAGCCACAAGGGUAAUAUCAAAACCAUCUCGCUAUUUGACAUUUCGCAGUUGUCAACUUCAUGAAAAUCUGUAGUUUAUUAUUUAGUAGCGGAUUUAAAAUUAGUAGAGUCCUGAAACCAGUGAACAAGAUGGCAAAAAUCAUACAGCUGGAUACUAUAGAAGACCUGAAACCUCAAAUAACUAUUACUGCCAAGAAAUUGCUGUCUGGAGGUGUGAUUGCUGUUCCCACUGACACUAUCUAUGGCAUUGCUUGUCUUGCCCAAAAUAAGGAUGCUGUUGACAGUAUAUACAAGAUAAAGAAGCGGAAUCCAUUGAAACCUAUUGCCAUUAGCAUUGCUGAUGUCAAAGAUAUUUCCAAAUGGUGCAAUGUGACUGUCCCCAUUUCACUUUUACAUGAUUUACUUCCUGGACCUGUCACCUUAGUGUUUCAGCGAUCCCAACAACUGAACGAGUAUUUGAAUCCUGAUACAGAUUAUGUUGGUAUACGUAUUCCAGAUCAUUCAUUCAUACGAGGUUUGGCUCGGACCGUUGAUGGACCCAUUGCCCUCACAAGUGCUAACAUAAGUGACCAACAAAGUCCAUUGUCCAUAAAAGAAUUUGAAAACUUAUGGCCUGAAUUGGACAUUGUCUGUGAUGGUGGUACAUUGGGGAGUACUGUUGAGUCACGACAAGGUUCAACAGUAGUUGACCUCAGUGUCAAAAAUUGUUUCAAGGUAUUACGUGAUGGAAGUGCCUACGAGAAUACAACCUCUAUCCUAAAAAGCAAAUAUCAGUUGAAAGAGAUUAGCUAGCAGUUUAUUCUCUUGCUAAAAAAGAUUUAAUGAAAAGAAAGGGAUCAAUUUUAUACUGGAGUUAAUGAAAAUGAAGA